AUGAAAAGUAUAUUGUUGCCUUAUCUUUUGUGUAUUACUGCUGCUAAUGGUCAGUCACCCUGUGAUGAAAUAUCAUUCGUUGAUCGAGCUGGAUGGGGUGCACGAGAACCAACUUCAAUAACAAAUCUAACAAGAAAACCUCUUUCAUUUUAUGUUAUACAUCAUACUUAUCAACCUCCAAAUUGUUAUGAUGAUGCAUCAUGUAUUCAACGAGUAAAAUCUAUUCAAGAUUUCCAUCAACUUGAUCGAGAAUGGGCAGAUAUAGGUUAUCAUUUUUUAGUUGGUGAAAAUGGUAAAGUCUAUGAAGGUCGAGGAUGGAAUCGUCAAGCUGCUCAUUCGCCCGGAUG